UUAUACUGGUGCCAAGGAAGGGCGAGGGAGGCCGAGGUGAUAUUUCUUGAGGCGCUAAGUGAAGUGGAGAAUACUUCCGGGUUGGACCACCCUAAUACUUUGACGGCUGUCAAUCACCUGGCUCCGGUGCUGCAGGAUCAAGGGAGGUACGAAGCAUCAGAGGUGAUGAAUCGCCGCGCAUUGGCGGGGUACGAGAAAUGUUUUGAAUCCGACCACCCUAAUACUUUGAUGGCUGUCAACAAUCUGGCUGUGGUUCUGCGGGAGCAAGGGAGGUACGAAGAA